AGCACGUGGUUCAAGCUCGGCACAAAGGGUGCAAUGGGCGAAAAUGCCGUGUGGGAAGUCAUCAGUGGCAAGGACAAGGGCGGCAUCAUGGUCCGCGAGGGGCGCAGCAUCCGCAGCAAAGAAUGCGGGCGCCUGUCCUUUGCGGCCUUUGUGGAGGAGCUGGAGCUGGUAGGCGAGCGCUUGCACUACAAGCUCAUGACGGGCACUGGGCCUGAGACGGGCUGGGUCAGCAUCAACGUGGCAGACAAGGACCUCUUGAAAUGCAUCAUCAAGCCGCCUCCCAAGAUGCCGCUCUUCUGCGGCUGGUACUCAGGCGGAUUCUUCAAAGCCGACGGCGAGAAGCUGCUGGCGCCCUUGAUGGACGCGGUGGGCGGCGCCGGGUGCGCCAUGCGCUGCGUCUUCCACUUCCCCGACGCCUACGGCAUGUCGGGGGAGGGCUUUGAGGGGAGAGAACCCUGGCCCAAGUAUGUGGACAAAUUGAUCGAUGAGAUCAACCAGGUGGCAGAGUCUGAUUCUCAACCGCUCAUUUUCUUCGGCCAUUCCCGCGGGGCCUGUCCGGCCAUGUGUGUCGCCAGCCGCCUGGGCGCGCGGGUGAAGCACAUCUACAUCGCAGCCUGCGGCGCCAUGCGGCCAGGCGAGCCCACACCCUGGGAGAUCCUAUCCAAGACCUUCAAGCAAGGCGGCGACCGCGAGUUGCUGGGAUGGUUCUACUCCCUGCAGCCGGAGAAUGUGUUCCUGAAGCGGGCAGUGGAGCAGAAUGACGAGGACUUCGAAGAGCAAGUGCGCACCUCCAAGUUCCUGAAAGACAUGCUGUCCUUAAUGCGGGCCCAGUAUCGGGACGCCAUGUUCCCAGACCCGGACCGGGACUACGGUCCGGUGCCCGCGAACAUCACGGCCUACGCGGCUUUGCUGGAUGAAGGCAGCCAACCGGAGCACAUGGAGGGCUGGAAAAGCCUGACGCUGGGCAAGUUCCAGAACGUGAGCCUCCACGCAGGGCACAUGGACUGUUUGGCGCCACGGCCGGAUGGCAAGUGCGAGCUCUUCGAGAAGCUCACGCAGGAUCUGAAGCAGUAUCUGCCGUAAGGUCAGAAUCUGUUUCCAGAUGUGGAAAAUGAGAGGGACAACAUAUUCAUAGAUUUGGUGCGAUGAAGGAACA